AUGUCUGUCUCGGAAUAUAGUAUUAAGAAAACACUACAAGAGUUUAAGGAAAAGUAUGGGAAAUUAGAUGGAGUCUCUCCUCAAUUUACAAAAACAUUAGAUACAAUAGUAAAGUGGGAAAAGGCUUUGGAUAAUGGUAUUGGUUUGGCAAAACCACCACAUGUUGAUUUUUAUAUGAAUUAUGUAAAGAAGACAGAUUCGGAUUUUCAGAGUGGAUUAAGUGGUUGGUAUCCAAGUCACUGCGAUAUUUUAGAUAAGGAAUUAAAAGUCAGAUCCGAAUGGGUGAAUACACCAAAUGUACCAGACUUUUUGAAUUUGACUGUUGAUCAACUGAUUCAGGAAUGCAAAAAUUUGCCAGUGACGCCAAGUUAUGAAACUCCAGUUAAAACCCUUAUUGAUUGCUUCCAGAAAUAUGGAAAAUUGUACCAAUAUUUAAAACUCUUGAAGGAUUAUUACUGUGCAUUGCAUGGAAUUUUCAAUCCAAGUAAGGAAAUGGUUGAAAGACAAAAGAGAGCAAAUACAAGCACAAUGUUUUUCGACACUGAAUUCAAACAAGAUUGGGAUUUCAGUGAAAAGAUUUCUGCAUGGUUACGUCCGUGCGAAAUUGCUGACGAUCCUCAAUUGUUUUUCGAUGGCAUUGAUGUUCUUGAUAUUAGGCAGUCUUCUAUUGGAACGUGCUACUUUUUGGCAGCUGUCAUUAAUUUGGCCUACAAAUGCCCAAGAAUUAUUAAGAAUAUUUUUGUGGAGAGUGAUAUGAAGAAGGGAAAACAUGUUUUACGUCUCUAUAAGGAUGGAAAGGAAACACUGGUUACUAUCGACGAUAGACUCCCAUUUGGAGGAAAUGGAAAGUUAUUAUGUUCUAGGUCAUCAACAGUUAAUGAAUUUUGGGUUCCACUUUUGGAGAAAGCAUUUGCCAAAUUAUAUGGAGGAUACAAAGCUAUUGGGCAUGGAGGUCAAUCGGAUUUUGCAACAGCAACUCUUUGUGGAGCUAGACCUUUACCAGGCCUAGUUGUUACACCAACAAGUAACCCGUUAGAAAUUUGGAAAAAACUGGUCGACUUCAACAAGGCAGGCAACACAAUCUUUGUUUACUCUCCUCAGAACUAUGCAGAAACUGAGAAAACAAGUGGAAUCAAGGAAUACCAUGCAUAUGCUGUACUGGAGGUUGUAAAGGUUGAGGAUGAGCAAAAGGUUCACCGUCUUGUUAAAAUUAUGAAUCCUUGGGGAUUUGCUGGCAGCGACAUGACAAAACAACAAAUUCAAAGCUCUAUGGCAUCGUUAGAGUGGAAGGGAAGAUAUUCAGACAAUUCUUCGGAUUGGACACCAUACCUCAUUAAGCGUUUGAAUGUUGAAUUCAGAGAUGAUGGUAUCUUUUACAUGUGUAUCGAGGAUUUUGUUCAACAUUGGAAAGAUGUUAAAGUUAAUGCCCUUUCAGAUGUAUAUGAUUGUUUCUAUUAA